UGGGACUGACAGGUGCUGAUGAGUGAAUGCACACCUGUCUGAACUCCUGUCUUGGUUCUGUGAUUUAGGCCUCUCUUCCAUUGCCUGUGUCCAAAAUGAGUCAGCUAAGGCGGCUACCAUCCCAGUUUGGGGCCCAUGCUGUGAGACUCCUGGCUGCUCGGGAUAUGCCAGUGUGCAGCUGGCGCAGCCAGUCCUCCUGGCCACCGACCACCUUCCCAAGCAGCAGAGGCAGAAGUGGUUCCAGUUAUGUGGAAGAGAUGUACUUUGCCUGGUUGGAAAACCCACAGAGCGUUCAUAAGUCCUGGGACAUCUUCUUCCGGCAAGCCAGUGAGAAGACCUCUGCAGGCUCUGCUCAGCCACAGCUCCCAUCUGUCAUCCCCGAGAGCAGACCUGCAGUCUCGAGCCGCACCAAGACCAGCAAGCUGGUGGAGGACCACCUAGCAGUGCAGUCCCUCAUCCGGGCCUACCAGAUCCGGGGCCACCAUGUGGCGCAGCUGGAUCCCCUGGGCAUUCUGGAUGCAGACCUGGACUCCUUUGUACCCUCAGACUUGAUCACAACCAUUGAUAAGUUGGCCUUCUAUGACCUGCGGGAGGCUGACUUGGAUAAGGAGUUUCAGCUGCCCACAACCACCUUCAUCGGGGGCACUGAAAACACACUUUCUCUGCGGGAGAUCAUUCGGCGUCUGGAGAGCACCUACUGCCAGCACAUUGGCUUGGAGUUCAUGUUCAUUAAUGGUGUGGAGCAGUGCCAGUGGAUCCGGCAGAAGUUCGAGACCCCUGGAGUAAUGCAGUUCUCCAGCGAGGAGAAGCGGACCCUGCUGGCCCGGCUGGUGCGCUCCAUGAGAUUUGAAGACUUUCUAGCACGGAAGUGGUCCUCGGAGAAGCGGUUUGGUCUGGAGGGCUGUGAGGUCAUGAUCCCUGCCCUCAAGACCAUCAUUGACAAGUCCAGUGAGAUGGGGAUUGAGAACAUCAUCCUGGGAAUGCCACACAGGGGCAGGUUGAAUGUGCUGGCGAAUGUGAUCCGCAAGGACCUGGAGCAGAUCUUCUGCCAGUUUGACCCCAAGCUGGAGGCAGCUGAUGAGGGCUCUGGGGAUGUCAAAUACCACCUGGGCAUGUACCACGAGAGGAUCAACCGCGUCACCAAUAGGAACAUCACACUGUCUUUGGUGGCCAACCCCUCUCAUCUGGAAGCUGUGGACCCUGUGGUGCAGGGGAAGACAAAGGCAGAGCAGUUCUACCGUGGGGACACCCAGGGCAGGAAGGUCAUGUCCAUCCUGGUCCAUGGGGAUGCUGCCUUUGCUGGACAGGGCGUGGUCUACGAGACCUUCCACCUUAGUGACCUGCCUUCUUACACCACCAAUGGCACUGUGCACGUCGUGGUCAACAACCAGAUUGGAUUCACCACGGACCCCCGAAUGGCUCGUUCCUCUCCGUACCCCACUGAUGUGGCCCGAGUGGUCAAUGCACCCAUCUUCCAUGUGAAUGCAGAUGACCCAGAGGCUGUGAUAUAUGUAUGCAGUGUGGCAGCCGAGUGGAGGAACACCUUCAACAAAGAUGUCGUCGUGGACUUGGUCUGUUACCGCCGGCGUGGCCACAAUGAGAUGGAUGAGCCUAUGUUCACACAGCCGCUCAUGUACAAGCAGAUACACAGGCAGGUGCCUGUACUGAAGAAGUAUGCAGACAAGCUCAUUGCUGAGGGCACGGUAACCCUGCAGGAGUUUGAGGAAGAAAUCGCCAAAUAUGACAGGAUCUGUGAGGAGGCGUAUGGCAGGUCAAAGGAUAAAAAGAUCCUGCAUAUAAAGCACUGGCUGGACUCGCCCUGGCCAGGCUUCUUCAACAUGGAUGGGGAGCCCAAGAGCAUGACAUGUCCUGCCACGGGCAUCCCAGAGGACGUGCUGACCCACAUUGGCAACGUGGCCAGCUCUGUGCCCCUGGAGGACUUUAAGAUCCACACGGGGCUCUCUCGCAUCCUACGUGGCCGUGCAGACAUGACCAAGAAGCGGACAGUGGACUGGGCUUUGGCAGAGUACAUGGCCUUUGGCUCACUGCUGAAGGAGGGCAUCCAUGUGCGGCUCAGUGGCCAGGAUGUGGAGAGGGGUACAUUCAGCCACCGUCACCAUGUUCUCCAUGACCAAGAAGUCGACCGGAGGACAUGUGUCCCUAUGAAUCAUCUGUGGCCUGAUCAGGCCCCCUACACUGUGUGCAACAGCUCCCUCUCAGAGUAUGGAGUCCUAGGGUUUGAGUUAGGCUAUGCCAUGGCCAGCCCCAAUGCCCUGGUCCUCUGGGAGGCUCAGUUUGGUGACUUCCACAACACAGCCCAGUGCAUCAUCGACCAGUUCAUCAGCACCGGCCAGGCCAAAUGGGUGCGGCAUAACGGCAUCGUGCUUCUGCUGCCUCAUGGCAUGGAAGGCAUGGGCCCUGAGCACUCCUCGGCACGGCCCGAGAGGUUCCUGCAGAUGAGCAACGACGACUCAGAUGCCUACCCAGUGUUCACUGAGGACUUUGAGGUAAGCCAGCUCUAUGACUGCAACUGGAUUGUUGUGAACUGCUCCACACCGGCUAGCUACUUCCAUGUGCUGCGCCGGCAGAUCCUGCUGCCCUUCCGCAAGCCGCUGAUCGUCUUCACACCCAAAUCUCUGCUGAGACACCCGGAGGCCAAGUCCAACUUCGACCAAAUGGUGUCUGGAACCAGCUUCCUGCGGGUAAUUCCAGAAGAUGGGGCUGCGGCACGGGCUCCUCAGCAGGUGCGGCGGCUCAUCUUCUGCACGGGAAAGGUGUACUACGAUCUGGUGAAGGAGCGCGGCAGCCAGGGCCUGGAGGAGCAGGUGGCCAUCACGCGCCUGGAGCAGAUCUCUCCAUUCCCCUUUGACCUGAUCAAGCAGGAGGCAGAGAGGUACCCAGGUGCCGAGCUGGUGUGGUGUCAGGAGGAGCACAAGAACAUGGGCUACUAUGAUUACAUCAGCCCACGCUUCAUGACCAUCCUUGGCCACACUCGGCCCAUAUGGUAUGUUGGCCGUGACCCAGCAGCUGCACCUGCCACUGGAAACAGGAAUACUCACUUGGUAUCGCUGAGGAAAUUUCUGGAUACCGCCUUCAAUCUCCAGGCCUUUGAUGGCAAGACAUUCUAGAGUG